UACUUUGCAGGUAUCAUUAUGGAAGUAAGCCACUCGGUAAAGGAGAGGACUAUUGCAGAAAAUAGCCUGGUCAUCCUUCUACAGGGACUGCAUGGACAUAUCACAACUGUUGACCUGCGAGAUGAAAGUUCUGCUAAGGGUUCAAUUAUAAACGUAGAUGCUUUUAUGAACAUCCGUCUGGCCAAGGUCACUUAUACAGACAGUCAGGGCAGGGAAUCUAAGCUGGAUGACUUGUUUAUCAAUGGACGCAAUGUGCGCUACGUCCAUAUUCCAGAGGAGGUGGAUAUCAUUCCUACUAUUGAAGGGCAGCUGAAGAAAAUACAAAGUGUCCGUGGAUUUAGUGGCAAGGGAAGGAAAGAAUUUGCUUCAAAGAAGUACAGAUGAUGCCAGAGUGCUCUGCUGUAGAACAAAACA